AUGACUUUUAAUAUCCCAUUCAAAAGUGGGAUUCCGAAGAUCUAUUCUCAAAAUCAAGAUGCCCUUGCAAUGAUUCAUUACCGGUUUGAACUCAUCAAGAGUUUGCGAAUUGUUAUUUCAUCAACGGAAUCACUUAGCCGUAUCAUUACAUCUCUUGCCGAACAAAAUCCACAAGAUUUACUUGAUUUUUCAAACGAAGGUGGAAUCUUUUUUGUUAUCUAUUCUCCAUUUGAAAGAAAGGCUCUUGCUUAUACAGACACAGCAUUUCACAUUGACAGCACAUACAACCUCAUUGAAAAUAACUAUCCAUUGUAUGUCAUCACAAAGAAGUGUGAACAUGACACAAUAUUUCCGCUUUUAUAUUUCAUUGUUUAUCCAGAUACUGCUGAUAAUCUCCAAGUACUAUUGGUCAGAUAUUUUCAGUGGUUGAACUAUGAACCAAGAAGGUUUAGCUCAGAUUGCAGUCGAUAUCGAAAAUGGCUUUCCUUUAGCAAAACAUGA